ACCAGAAGAACACACUUCCGGGAUAAACAAGGACAUGUGUGUUAAAUAACUAUCUUUGUUAAUGUCGUUUUCUGUCUCUAUCCUUUAACUUCGUUGGGUCAGUCACUCAAAUGCAUGAAUACUAUUAGAAGUGUUACUUAAACAGACACCGUUAGUUAGCGUCCCUCGACUUUAUUUAUGGCUGCCUCGGUUCAUGUCUCCAAAGUCCGGUCUUUGUACAAGAGGAUUCUGAUCCUGCAUCGGUUCCUGCCGAUAGAUUUAAGAGCCCUCGGCGACCAGUAUGUGAAAGACGAGUUCAGAAGACACAAAGGUGCUGCAGCUGAGGAGGCGAAGGGCUUCAUGGCAGAGUGGGAGAACUACAAGGCCACCAUGCAGACUCAGGUACUGGAGUCAGCGGGGGAACAAAACAGCUCGGUCAAGUUCGGAGCCAACCUGCCGGAGGGGAAACUGGGCAGCUUCCAGGAAGACCAGAUAGGCCAACUGUACGAACUCAUGCUGGAGUCCACCAAAUCCACCAGACAGUUUGACAUCCAGGAGGACAGCAAGUGAAGCAGCAGGCCACAGAAAGGGGCCCGGGACAGCAACAAAACAAAAACCAGAUGGUUCUAUGAUGGAUUCAGAUCAUUAAUGUAUUACCUCUGAAUGCUUCAGAUGAGAAGUGGUACUCAAAGGCCGAGUAGAGGCAUUUAAGAAUAUUUGAUUAUAUUAAAGUCCUGUGUAAUA